GCGAGGCGCGCCCCACCCCGGCGGAGGGGACGGUUUUUAGCAGGAGGUGGUGGAGGGAUUCAAUGCCACUCGGGGAUGUGGGAAGCUGGAGGUGAGCGGGAAAUCCGUAGAUCACAGUCAAGGCGUGUGGGCACGAGUGGCCAGAGGCGCCGAGGGGUCCGCGGGGUUCUCGGGUGUCUCCGUCGUGCCCCGUCCCGUGGUCGCCCGCGGUCCCCCGGGCUCCGCCCAGCCGCGGAGCCCAGCCUCUCUCAGGCCGGGUCUCCUCCCUAAGGUGCGGGUGGCAGCGCCACUCCCUCCGCUCCCUCCCCAGCCGCGCGCGUCUCAUUCCAGCGCCCAUUCCGCGCAUUCCUACCGGGCUCCUCUGCAAACUCCGGCCCCGGGGGUGGGGACCGCCUCAGCUACACGCUCGGGCCCCGAAGCCGUCGCCGCGGCUGGAAGACUUGGCCCCCCGCGUGGACUUGGUGCAGCCGGCCGAGCGCUCCCACCCCGCCUCCUGAACCCUGGGACCGGUCCAACGGGCGCUCCUCCAAGCCGAGCCUUGGAGGGCAAGGCCGGCAUCAUUACCUCCAACGAGUGGAGCUCUCCGGACUCCCCCGAGGGGAGCAGCAUCUCUGGGGGCAGCCAGGCCCUGGACAAGCCCAUCGACAAUGAUGCAGAGGGUGUGUGGAGCCCGGAUAUUGAGCAAAGCUUCCAGGAGGCACUGGCUAUUUACCCACCAUGCGGCCGCCGCAAAAUCAUCCUGUCAGACGAAGGCAAGAUGUAUGGUCGGAAUGAGCUGAUCGCACGCUACAUCAAGCUCAGAACAGGGAAGACACGUACAAGGAAGCAGGUCUCCAGCCACAUCCAGGUGCUUGCCCGUCGAAAAGCCCGGGAGAUCCAGGCCAAGCUCAAGGACCAGGCAGCUAAGAACAAGGCCCUGCAGAGCAUGGCUGCCAUGUCGUCCGCCCAGAUCGUCUCGGCCACAACCUUCCACAGUAAAAUGGCUCUUGCCCGGGGCCCUGGCUACCCAGCAAUCUCAGGGUUUUGGCAAGGAGCUUUGCCAGGCCAACCCGGACCCUCCCAUGAUGUGAAACCUUUCUCUCAAAACACCUACGCUGUCCAGCCUCCGCUGCCUCUGCCAGGCUUUGAGUCUCCUGUAGGACCCACCCCAUCACCCUCUGCACCGCCAGCUCCUCCAUGGCAAGGCCGCAGCAUAGCCAGCUCCAAGCUCUGGAUGUUGGAGUUCUCCGCUUUCCUGGAGCGCCAGCAAGAUCCUGACACAUAUAGCAAACACCUGUUCGUGCACAUCAGCCAGUCAAGCCCGAGCUACAGUGACCCCUACCUCGAAACCGUGGACAUCCGCCAGAUCUAUGACAAGUUCCCAGAGAAGAAGGGGGGCCUCAAGGAGCUAUUUGAACGGGGGCCCUCUAAUGCCUUCUUCCUUGUGAAGUUCUGGGCAGACCUCAAUACCAACAUCGAUGACCAGGGCAGCGCCUUCUAUGGAGUCUCCAGCCAGUAUGAGAGCCUGGAAAACAUGAUUAUUACCUGCUCUACUAAGGUCUGCUCAUUUGGCAAACAAGUGGUGGAGAAAGUUGAGACAGAGUUUGCUCGCUAUGAGAAUGGUCACUAUUUGUACCGCAUCCACCGGUCCCCACUCUGUGAGUACAUGAUCAACUUUAUCCACAAGCUGAAGCACUUACCAGAGAAGUACAUGAUGAACAGCGUGCUGGAGAACUUCACCAUCCUGCAGGUGGUCACCAACCGAGACACACAGGAGACCUUGCUGUGUAUUGCAUAUGUUUUUGAAGUUUCAGCCAGCGAACACGGGGCUCAGCACCACAUCUACCGCCUGGUGAAAGAAUGAGAGACUUGGAGAGCUAUGGUGGGGGAAAGUCCAGGAAAUGGGGACCUGGGAGGGAAUAUUCAGGGACAGCCCCCAAAAGAGCCAGGAGAACCAAGCAGAGUUACCAGUUUUCUUCUUACCAGGAACAAACUGCCUGAUCUCGCAGUGCUCAACCCCCAAUAAACCCAAGGAGUCAAGUAUUUUCAGAGGAGCUGGUUUAGCCUGUAUGAACCCAGAAGGGCAUGGGAGGAGGGGGCACCAAGAGGCAAGCUGAAAGCGAUAACCUGAGGUGCGCCAGGAUGGCCCAGGAACCAGAACCCCGGUGGACUCAGCCAGGCACAUCACCAAGACACCAAAGCUCAAGACCCAGUGGUCCCUUCUGAACUCCUAGAACCCAAUACUCUGCUGCUGGUCACAACAGUGACUGAGGACAGAUAGCACGUGUGUCACACACUCAGAGAUGCUGUGCAGGACUUAGUGCACAUUGUCAGUCAAUCCUGCCAUCGAUACUGGAGUUUCGAUAUGGAAGAAGGUCCACCCCUACAAAAGGGGCUGGAUUUAGGUGUGACUGCAACAUAGUUGUUGGACUGAGACCCUAUGAAGAGCUCCUCAGGUGGCUUUGUUCCUUCUGCAGUGGCCCAGAAGGGGGCAGGAGCUGAAGCAAGGCUUGGAGUUAGGGAGUUCUGCUUCAGGGCCAGCAUUUCCAGCUGCCUGACCUCGACCGGUUCCUCAGCUUCUCUAUUAGUCCCCUGUCUCCUUUGCUCAGCCCUGUGAAGGGGAGAAUGUUUGGACAGUACCUGAGUCUUGUGGUGCCAGUUAAAUGAUCCAAUCCUCAGCCCCUUGCCUCUCUCCCUCUGGAGGUCCUGCAUCUGUCUCUCCCCUGCCCUCUCAAGGCUUUCUGGUCUCUGCUUCCCCAGUUGGAGCCAGUUCUAGUAGUCUGGAGUCUCAGGAAGAAAGCUGUAACCUGGGUGUGUUUGUGUGUGCCCAGGACUCAGGGAUGCAUCUGUGAGGGUGUAGCAGUGGGCAGGGCAACAUUGUGGGGAUGCUACGGAGGUGAGGAGAUAAGGGCUCUGGAGUCAGUCUAGCUUGACUUUGAUGUGCAACCUUCAAAAAAAAAAUGUUGUGGUGCCUCAGUUACCCCAUCUGUAAAAUGGGUAUAACAUUCACCUACCUCGUGUAUGGACAGUGCCUCACACAGUGCUGAGCACAUCCACAUGUUCAAUAAAUAUGCAUCGGUACUAACUGUUGGAACUUCAAGUCCAGCUAAGGAUCCAGGCUAGAGAGCUAUGCACUAGGGUGGGUGGUCCCUGCCUAUCACAGAGAGGAGUGAUCAGAGGGUCUCAGGGAAGAGGUAGCAUGAGGGAACAGGUUGUAAGAGGAAGGUAGCUAAUAUUUACUGGUGUUAUUUCUGUGAGUUUGAUUUUGGGGCUAGUGUUUGACACAGGCUAAGCGACCAUGAAAGUAUGCAAAUAAGCGUAUGGGAACAGUUUGUAAGUAUCUCAGAUGAGGAAGACAGACUGAGCUACCCAGUCUUUCUGGAGCCCCAAGUUCCCUCUCCUUAACACAAAGCAAUUUAACCCAUACUCUGCUCCCCACCAUGUUAGAAUGGUUGCCAAUACAGGCCUUCUUCCUUCCUAUGGUGCCGGGUAGAGGUCCUGCCAUCGAACAGGGUCAGGGGUCCCUGAAAGUCUACUGCAUCCCUGGUCUUGUGACCAGGAUUCACCAGUCUACAUGUAGGCCUGUGUUUGCAGUCUCCCUGCCCCAUCCAAAUCCUAGCCCCGGCCCCCUCCCACUGCCCGGGAGCACACUUAGACAUUUUAGACUAUGGAGUCAGCCUCUUGGGACACGAGGGGGUACAACCUUUUCCUAUUGGAAGCAGGUCAGUCCAGAUGUUUGGGUUCCAGUGUGGGUUGUUUUUUCCUGUGUUAAGUAACCUCAGUGGUCUAAUGGAAAGUAACCAUAGAAGACUAUCUUACUGCCUCUCCAUUCAAGUCAACAGGGCACCUCCCUUAUCCCACCAUAUGGUACUGGGCUGAAAACAUUUAGCUUUUUAAGAUGAGUUCUUCAUCUCUUGCCUGGGCUAUUGUCUCCAGUGAUCCUCCUGCCUCAGCUUCACAAAGAGCUGGGUCUACGGGUUCUCCCCACUGAGCCCUGCACUCCUAUUUUGAAGACUGAAAAAGCAGGGCUCACAGAGUUUUGGGAAUUGGGUUCUGGUGUUGGUGUAUUUUUUCCUUUGCUUUGUGAGUAGUUGGUUGACUUCUGAGGUGUGGCAGGCUCUGGGAAUGUGUCCAUGAACAGAAUAGUCAGGGUGGCUGUGAGCUUGCUUUGGACUGAGGUGGGGGUGAGGGGUGGUUGGCACCAAGUUAAGGAGACUCAUAGGCAAUGGGCAGUGGGGGUAGGUGGGUACCUAAGGUCAGCUUCACUUUAGGGGAGGCUGCUGAAGCCCGGACUCUUCACUGAUUCUUGAAUUGCAGACAAGUGGAUCCGGAGGAAGGAAAAUUCCAAGGGAGAAUUGAGAGGCCUGGAGAAAGUGAGGGAUGGGUGUGCCCCAGGGGUAUGGUGACUGACCUAGGCUGGACUUAACCCUAGCUAACAGGCCAGGUAGGAAUUCAGGCGGUUCAGUCCUUUGUGUCCCCUGCACUCCCCUGUAGAUGUGCACUUUCGAAUGCUCUCAGGAUGGUAGCUAGAACUGGGGGUGUUAAGCAAGGGAGUACAUUCCUUUGAUGCUAUUUUUAGAAGAAAGCUCUGGAGCAUUGGGUUUGUACAGAGGAGCAGCUGGAACUGUUGGGGGGUGCGAACCCAUGAAGCCUGCCGACCUGGGUGUCUGUGGGUGGAAACUAUCUGUUUUCUGGAUCUGUUACACUUGGCAACCAGGCAAGAGGCAAGAGAGAGUGGAGGUGACAUGGCCAUCCGUGUCAUUGGGCAAGGGACCCCAAAGUCCUAGGGAGAGAGAGCCCUCCAUCCUGGGGGUGGAAAUAUUCCAGUGUUAUCUAGUUAGCAGGAAAUGCCAAAAAUGGCUGUAGGGACAGGGGAGAGGUCUUUUGCCUGACAGGGUCUGACACUGUUGGGGCAGAUUGUGCCAAAAAAGUGUCAAAGGAAUGGAAAGUGUGUGCCCACCCCACCACCACACAACCCCACCCCUACACAAAACAAUGCACACACAAAAAACUAAAUAAAUGAAUAAACACGAGAGAGAGAGAGAGAGAGAGAGAGAGAGAGAGAGAGAGACGCUUAUGUAUGCAUGUGUACAAAUGGUUGUUUCCUAGACUUCUGCAAUAGACCUUUUGUCCCUAGUCUAUGGUGCACUCAGUCUAGUCUUUCCCAGUCUGGGGACAGAGUAGGUUGGCAGAGGUUGCAGGACUGAGGGAAGGCUGGGACCUGGGACCUGGGGCAGUGUAUCCCCUAUCUGGGCACCCAGGAACAGAAGAGAAACACCAGAACAGUGGGAGCUUCCCCCACGGUUUCUACAUUGUGGCCUCCUGGGCCGGACCCUGUGCUGAAAACUUCUUAGAGCUCGAGUAGCAGGGGUCAGUGGCACCUCGGGUAACCCAUCUUACAGAUCAAAAAGAAAAUGACCUUUGCCCCAAAGGCUUGAUUCUUUAUAGAAUGUAGCUAACUGAUCUGCCCAGCCAAGUACCCGGCUGCACAGCUGUGAUCCUCUCUAUCCCCAACCCCUGACCCCGAGAAGCAGAAGGACACCACCAUGGACUUACACAGUGGAGCCGAAUCUCUAAAUAAAUAUCUUCAAAAAAGUGUCUGCGACUUGGCUUUUGUAUAUAGACUUUGUGAAUUAAAAAGGGCACAGGUAUGUGUGUGCCUUCCUGGACAGCCAGAACCCAGGCAGUGGGAAUGGUGGCCUUUUUUACACUCUACAGAUGUCUAAUAUUCAAUUUUAAGGUUUUUGUAUUUUUUUCUAUGUAAACCUCCUUCACCUAUUCAAGUCUUCAGUAAAGUCUGCUGAAACACA